AUGGGCUGCUUCGAAUCGCGAACAUCGGUGCCGGAGGCUGCCGGCAAGGUGCAUGAUGUCGGCAGGGCAGUCCCGAAGCCAACAGAGGGUGUCAUGGACGACGACUUGGACUGGAUUACUGGUGACAAAUCUCCGGUGACACCUGCCCGAGCAUUGGCUACGUCUGAGAGGAAUGCAGGCUACUUGGCAGAUGCACCUCUCGAUGUCGUUGUCCAAAUAGAGCUGGAAGGUGGAUGGCGCGAUUGCUCGACGGAAGAGACGCGAGCAAUCUGUCAACACUUGGCGAAGGGGGAGACGGCAUUUCAGAUUCACGCCCGUGGCCAAAACUACUACAUUGACUUUUCACGUCCCGAUGAGGGUGGCAUUCAGGCAAACGUGAGCACGGGCAAGAAGCGGAAGCUCCGAAUACUGGACAAGGAAGAAGACGAACCGGUUGCGGAGGAAGACGUCGGUGGUUCGGCAGAUCCUUCUGGAUCGAGCGCAGCAGCAUCUCCAGAAGUCUCUUUACAGCGGUCGUACGGACCUCAAAGCAAGCGUGGCGGCGCCUCCAUGCACCCGUACAAGGUCUUGGAGGGGAAUGAUCACGCCAAGAAAUGCUUCGCCCAGUUCGAAGCCAACGAGGCCAGGUUAUGCGGCGAAUGGGCAGUAUUCUACCAUUCGUACUCAUUUGCUGCACUGAUAUACGAAGUGCAUGCCGCGGUUGGGAGCGUUCUCUUCCGCUUCCGGUCGCAGUAUGCAACGCUUCCGCGCAUACUAGUGCAUGAAUUUAAGGAGACACCGGAUGCUACAAUCCUGAAGAAGAGGUUCAACGAAGAGUUCGCGACCAAUAAGCGUGAUCAUCAUCCAGAUUUUCGCAGAGUUGGGUUGUCCGUGAUGUGCUCGUUGGCAUCGACGGGGCCUGAGGCUUGCGUUGCCAUGGUCUUCAUCGCAGGCUACAGCUGCAAGGACCUAUCGUUUAGAGGUGUGCUGGAAAAUCUCUUGGAGAGCUGCUACGUGCCCAAAGCGAAGGUUCGGAAGCUCGCCGACGAGAUCAUUGCCAUGUCGGAGAAGCAUGGAUUGGACGUUUCGCAGUUCGGCGGAAAGGCUUGUCAUAGCGGAAAGCCUGGUCACCUAAUGCAGCUCUUCAUCAAGCGUCACCUUGUGGACAAGCUUGUCUACGCUGCCAAACCCUAUGGACCGGUGGAUGACGAGCGAAUGCCAAUUUCAAAAUGGCUGGACAGCAACAGUUCAACCCAAAUUGGGCAGGCGCGAGUGCUGGCACAUCCAAAGUACUUCAUGCAGGCAAAUUGCGUCAGAAUGUUCGUGGCCAGCGCGGAUCCCACGUUCCACAGGAACAGACAGGAAUUUCAGAACGAGUUGAUCCAGAAGCUGAGCCUGAUCUUGGGCGAGCCGUCGCUGAGGGAGCGGGCGGCGACAGGCAUCUAUGGCGGCACGCCCUGUCCUUAG